AUGCUCCCGAAGCUCUCCCUCGCCGUCGUCGUCGCUGCCUCCUUCUCCGCCGUCUCGGCCCAAACCUAUCAGCGUCUUGGCACAUGCCCGACUCUCGGCUGCAUCCUGCCUCCCGACCAGAGCGACUUCCUGCCCGGACAGCUCUUUGACCUCCGCGUCGAGGUUCACGCACCCGUCAACGGCUCCGAGGCCGCUCACGAUGGCAAGCCCGACGAGAAGUUCAAGGUGACGAUCGCCAAGGACGGCGAGAAGGCUCGCUUCUUCGCCGACGUCUUCGGCCUCGAGGAGCCCAAGCUGGAGAAGUGGAAGUUCCAGUGGUACGAGGACUUGUACGCCGAGGACAGCAAGUCGCCUUCGGUCGUCAAUGUCGCCUCCAAGGCCUACCGCAAGCUGUCGCUCAGCGAGCCGGGCAAGUACACCGUCACGCUCGAGUACUAUGGCGGCGAGAAGACGACGGCUGAGUGGACGGUACGCCCUCUCCAGAAGGAGAGAAAGGCGAAGAAUGUGAUAUUCUUCAUCGGCGACGGCAUGACGACCAACAUGAUCACCGCCGCACGUCUGCUAGGGCACAAGAGCGUCAACGGCAAGUAUCAGACGCUCAUGAAGAUGGACGAGUUCCCUGUCCUCGGUCACCAGAUGACCCACUCCAUCGACAGCUUCAUGACCGACUCCGCCAACUCGGCUUCGGCUCUGUACUCGGGCCACAAGAGCACUGUCAGCGCCCUCGGUGUGUACGCCGAUUCUUCUCCCGAUCCAUUUGAUGAUCCCAAGGUCGAGACCAUUGUCGAAAUCUUCCGCCGUAUUCACCGCGGCGCUUGGGGCGCCGUCUCGACCGCCCUCUUGGCCGAUGCCACACCCAUCGCCCUCACCGGCCACUCCCGCCAUCGCUGGGAGUACGCUCCGCUCAUCGACCAGGCCCUCAACAGCCUGACCAACUACAGCUGGACCAACCAUGGCGGGCCUGACGUUUACUUCGGCGGUGGUGCAGAGCAAUUCUUCCCCGGCAAGGGUUCCUACAAGGGCCAGGACUACUAUGCCGAGUUCGCCAAAAGGGGUUACACCAUCAGUAUGAAUAAAACGUCUCUCCUCAAGGUUGACCCCAGCAAACGCGCCCUUGGCGUCUUCUGCCAGAGCAACCUCCCCGUCUGGCUCGACCGCAACAUUUACACGGACAACCUCAACAAGUUCAAGAAUGACCCGAAGGGUGGCAAGGAGCCUGCUCUCGACCUGCCGGGGCUCAAGGACAUGACCCUCAAGGCAGUCGAGAUUCUGCAUAAGCGCGGUGGCGACAAGGGCUUCUUCCUCAUGUCCGAGGCUGCCUCCGUCGACAAGCAGAUGCACGCUCUGGACUACGACCGAGCCCUCGGUGAUUUGCUCGAGCUAGACGACACCGUCCGUGCCACCGUCAAGAAGCUCGAGGAGCUCGAUGCCCUCAAGGACACGCUCAUCGUUGUCACUGCCGACCACGGCCAUGGCUUUGACGUUUGGGGUGCUGCCGACACCGACUACCUCAGCCACCAGGACGACGAGCGCGCGAAGCGCAGGGCCAUCGGCGUCUACGACAGGUCCGGCCUCUCGCAGUACACGCAAAGGGCCAAGGGUGUCGAGUACGGCACCGGCACCAACUUCCCCGUCAACUGGGAGCCGCGCUACGCCAUCGCCGGCGGUGUCGGCGCUGCCCCGGACCGCCGCGAGGACUACAAGGUGCACAAAGAUGGCCCCCGUGAGGCUACCGUCAAGGUCAACGACGAGUAUUACGUCAAUCCCAAGGACGCGCCUAGGGGCAUCGUCAUCAACGGCUCCCUGCCCGUCACGGAGCCCGUCGGCGUCCACUCGCUGACGGACGUGCCCAUCUUCGCCAUGGGACCCUGCCAGGAGACGUUUGGGGGCACCUUCAACAACGUCGAGAUUUUCUACAAGAUUGCGAACUGCCUGGGCCUGGCACGCGAGUACAAGAAGGGAUGCUCGGAUAGACCUGCCAAGAGUGCUGCGUGA